GACGUUAGCAAUGGUUUUCUUUUUGGGGGUUGAUGAUCACAGUUUUAAAGAGGACGGUUAGUGGGCACUACCAGGUUGUUCAGAAAGUGAUAUUAAGCUGAGGUUUGAUCCAACUUUGUCCUAUAUUCUUCACUCGUUGGUUUCUUUUGGCAAAGCUAAUAACCAGAGUGGCGGCUUCCUGGAUUUGAAAAAAGUUUCAUCCAUGGAUGGCUUGCGAUGGGAUGGCCCAGAAAUUGAAGCAAAAUCGUUGCCUGUGUGGAACAAUGAGCGAAAUGAUAUGGAAGAUAGUUAUUUCUUAAUUCCCAACUCUUUAAAUUCUUUCAUGUAUGGUGGCAAGAUGGAUGAUCUGCCAGAAGAUAUAUUCUAUCAAAUUCAAGAACUGCAAAAAUCUGGCAACUUGGAGGAUGCUUUACAACAAGGGCUUUUCUCUUCUCCUUUGAUGAGUAGAGCUUAUGGUUUUAGUACGUUAAAUGGUUCGGUUUCUGAUUUUGGCAUGCCGGUUCACUCACAAGGCAUCAAUGGUGGUGGUGCUACAACAACAGGCUCUCUUGAGUCUCUUGAUUGCUUGAUCUCUGCUACCAAUAGCAACACUGAUACAUCAGUUGAAGAUGAUGGGAUUUCCAUGAUUUUCUCUGAUUGUAAGAAUUUAUGGAAUUUUGCUGCUAGCAGUGCAGUUUCAUCAGGGUCUGAAAACAAUGGCUCAAAUACGGGAAGAAAUGGGCACGAAGAAAUAGUGUCCCAGAGUUCUUCAGAUCGAUGCAUCAAUAAUGAAAAUCUAUCACAAACAAAGUCUAGUAAUUCUUCAAAGAGAAAAAAUGACCAGACUGAGCUAACAUUUGGUCCAAAUUGUGGUUACUUCAAUCUUCUUCAUACUGACCUUUCUGCAGCAGAAGGUGGUUUUAAGCUCUUCCCUGACAACCCACCGAAAGCAAAGAAAAUCAGAUCGGAAAAGCAUUCAAGCUCAUCGAAUAUCAACUUUCAACAGCCUGCAAGUUCAUCAGUUUCUUCUUCCAUUGAAGAACCUGAUCCAGAGGCCAUUGCACAAAUGAAAGAGAUGAUUUAUCGAGCUGCAGCGUUCAGGCCUGUGAACUUAGGCUUGGAAGUGGUGGAGAAACCAAAGAGGAAGAACGUGAGGAUAUCAACCGAUCCACAAACUGUUGCAGCAAGGCAAAGGAGGGAGAGGAUAAGUGAGAGAAUUAGGGUUCUGCAGAAGCUGGUUCCUGGUGGGAGCAAGAUGGAUACUGCAUCAAUGCUUGAUGAGGCUGCAAAUUAUCUAAAGUUCCUUAGGUCCCAAGUCAAGGCACUAGAAAACCUAGGCAACAAGCUUGACACAAUGAAUGCUCCUCCUCCUUCAAACAUUGCUUUCAACCACUCUCUCCCCAUGCAAACACAUAGCUUUCCACUCCUAAACCCUAAUGAUCAUAUUCACCAUUCCCAGAGUUGAAAAAAAUAUUGCACCAUCCUUUCAUCUUCAUAAUGAUUAACAUGUCCCAGUCUCAGAACAACUAUAUUAGAAAAAUCCAGGGUCAUCAUCAUUUUCAUCAUUACAUUUUAUCCUCUGUUAUCUAGUGUUAGAAAUAUAUAUAUAUAUAUCUUCCUAAUGAAAGAUUUCAUGAUUAUCAUCAUCAUUGUAAGCACCACCCAAGAGCAGAAAGGGAGCUUAGUUCUUGACAACCUUUUUUUCAUAAGAAAAAGGCUUAGCAAUUAUAGCACUUAUGAUUAAGAUCAAAGGCCAGAAAAGUGAUUCUGAUCAUCACUUUACUAGUCUAGUUUAAUAUAAUUUGUUUAAUGUAUUCUCAGUACUUGUAAAAGCUUUUUCUUUUUCAUGGAGAUACUUUUAUAUAUUUUGGUU